GAUUCACUCCAUCUCAACGGUCCCGAUUAAAUCUCCCUCGCUAUAUAGAUUAGAGGCCCCUUUACGGGGGUACUGAGAGGGUGUCUGAGAGUUUCGAGACUGCACAGCGGCCGUGGGAGAUUUGGUUCAUUGGACAAGGUUUAGGUUUCGGGGAUAUAAGAAUUAGAAAGCCAUGGCGGAUGAGCAUCACCACCAGGAGCCUAAAGAGGAGUCGUUGAUUGAGAAGAUAUCGGAGAAGAUCCACGGCCACGAUGACUCCUCGUCGUCGGAUUCGGACGACGACAAGAAGAGCGGUUCUUCUCCUUCGCCGAUCCAGUCCCAGAUUUACCGUCUCUUUGGGAGGGAAAAGCCUGUUCACAAGGUUCUCGGUGGUGGCAAACCGGCCGAUGUUUUCUUGUGGAGGGAUAAGAAGAUAUCGGCAGGAGCGCUUGGUGGGGCAACGGCUCUAUGGGUUCUGUUUGAGUUGAUCGAAUACCAUUUGCUGACUCUGGUCUGCCACAUCCUGAUUCUCGCUCUCGCAAUUCUGUUCCUGUGGUCCAACGCAUCCACUUUCAUCAACAAGAGUUCACCACACAUUCCAGAAUUUCAUAUCCCAGAGGAACCAGUUCUACAGAUUGCUGCUGCACUGAGGAUAGAGAUCAACUGUGCUUUUGCCGUUCUGCAUGAUAUUGCAUCAGGAAGGGACCUGAAGAAGUUCCUAUCUGUGAUUGCUGGCUUAUGGUUCUUGUCUAUUGUGGGGAACUGGUGCAAUUUCUUGACCAUUUUCUACAUAGCAUUCGUUUUGCUCCACACAUUGCCUGUGUUCUACGAAAAGUACGAGGACCAGGUGGACAAAUUUGCUGAGAAAGCACAUGCUGAGAUAAAAAGGCUAUACGCAAUUAUUGACGCAAAGGUCUUGAGCAAGAUUCCUAGGGGGCCAUUGAUGAACAAGAAGAAGGAUUAGACUGGCAGACUCGUGGCCCUUUUAAUCAGCUGACAAAUAUUUGGUAGGGCUGUUGUUUAUCAAGGUGCUGUUGAAUUGUAUCCAUGAUUGUCAUGAAGCCUGUAAUCUUCUUUCUUUGUCGGGUCUUUGGGUUCACAACAUGGAUUGAUAUUGGGUUUCCUGGUACACUUUUAAAUGGGUUUAUCGUUGGUUAGCCACCUCUUGGUACGCCUAUAUAUUACAUAUUUGCCAGCGACAUGUACAUUUUUGGAUUUAAUUUUUACUUCAAAAUGUUUUGCUUUUGUUGUUUAUCAGAUUGCUGUUUGCUUUGCGUUC